AUGGGUGCGAACGAGAGCCGUAUUGAGUCGGACGGACUAGCUCCGAAGCAGGGGUAUCAUGUUAUUCGCGUUGCUCAGAGAAGUCCUGCUCAGUAUGCCGGCUUUGAGCCGUUUUUUGACUUUUGUAUUGGUAUUAAUGGGCGCCCGCUUGCGGAUCUUGGCAUUGAAUUCCCGCGCGGUAUUCCUUCCGAUACUAAGCUACCAAAUGCUAAAUGGUCCACUGUCGAAGAGAAUGAAGGCCGCACGAUCAUUAUCAAUACGUGGAACUCCAAACAUCAGGAAUAUCGAGACGUCAGCAUUGUCCCCUCUCGCAGAUGGUCUGACGACCAAUCUCAAAGUGGGGCACAACCAUCUUUACUAGGUCUAACUCUGCGUCUUUGCAACCCGCUCGAGACCGUGAGUCAUGUGUGGCAUGUCCUGGACGUAAUAGAAGGCUCACCUGCUGAUUCGGCAGGGCUCGUACCUUAUGGUGACUAUAUUAUUGGAUGGACAGGUGGCCCACUUCAAAGUGAGGGUGACUUUUUCCAACUUGUGGAACAAUAUGUGAACCAUCAACUCUCUCUCUAUGUCUACAACAGUGACUACGACCAUACGCGCGAGAUCAUGAUUGUGCCCAACCGUGAUUGGGGUGGUGAGGGCCUUCUGGGGUGCGGCAUGGGCUACGGACUAUUACAUCGUAUCCCUCAGCCACGCAAGCAAUGGGAUGAAAUGCCAUCAGAAGCAUCCAAAGGUCACGAUGACGAAUACGUGAAUAACAAUGUUGCAACUAUGCCAACAACUUCCGACGCCGUGUCUGAAGCUUCUAAUUAUUAUGUACCUCAAAAUCCUGAUUCUUACAAAUACGGCGUAACACUCAAUAUGCAUGAAGAAGAGGAAGAAUAA